AAGGUGUCAAUUAAGCGUCAUGCUGUUGAAAAGUUCGGGGGAGUUCAUAAAUUCAAUCGGAUGGUUAGUGAGCACACCUGCACCACCACCACAGUGAUUUAGACCCAGGUACACGGUAGUCCACUGCCGGUGUUCGCUGCUCCUCCGCCAGUAACAGCGCCGUGAUGGAUCCUGCACUUUCCACGGACACGGGGCCGGACGGGGGCGUCCACGUGAAAGACGCAUUGUCUGAGAAAUGUCAGAAAUUAUUUUUGGAGUUCCUGGAAGAGUUUCAGAGCCCGACAGGUGAGCUGGUGUACCUGGCGGACGCUGAGGAACUCAUCCGUCCCGAGAGGAACACGCUGACAGUCAGCUUCGUGAACAUUGAGCAGUACAACCAACCGCUGGCCACUACCAUCCAGGAGGAGUACUACAGGGUCUAUCCGUUUCUGUGUCAGGCUGUGCGGCACUUUGCCAGAGACCACGGGAACAUCCCUGCGUCUAAGGAGUUCUACGUUGCCUUCUCUGAAUUUCCGACCAGACAAAAGAUCCGGGAGCUGACGGCGGCUCGUAUCGGCUCGCUGCUGCGGAUCAGCGGGCAGGUGGUGCGCACGCACCCCGUGCACCCCGAGCUGGUCAGCGGCACCUUCCUGUGCCUGGACUGCCAGUCGCUCGUCAAGGACGUGGAGCAGCAGUUCCGCUACACGCAGCCCAACAUCUGCAAGAACCCCGUGUGCGCCAACCGCAAGCGCUUCAUGCUGGACGCCAACAAGUCGCGCUUCGUGGACUUCCAGAAGGUGCGUAUCCAGGAGACGCAGGCGGAGCUCCCCCGGGGCUCCAUCCCCCGCAGCGUGGAGGUGGUCCUGCGGGCGGAGGCGGUGGAGACAGCCCAGGCGGGGGACCACAGCGACUUCACCGGCACGCUCAUCGUGGUGCCCGACGUGUCUGCGCUGGCGUCCGCAGCCGUGCGCUCAGAGACCAGCAGUCGGCUGACCGGCAGGGAGGGCUUCGACGCGGACGGCGUGGCGGGCCUGAAGGCGCUGGGGGUCCGGGACCUGUCCUACCGACUGGCCUUCCUGGCCUCUCACGUGGCCCCCACCAACCCAAGGUUUGGGGGGAAGGCCCUGCGACAGGAGGACCAGACGGCUGAGAGCGUGAAGAACCAGAUGACGGUGGAGGAGUGGGAGAAGGUGUUUGAGAUGACCCAGGACAAGAACCUCUACCACAACCUGUGCACCAGCCUCUUCCCCACCAUCCACGGUAACGAUGAGAUCAAGCGUGGUAUCCUGCUGAUGCUGUUUGGCGGCGUUGCCAAGACGACCAUGGAGGGCACAUCCCUCAGGGGGGACAUCAACAUUUGUAUCGUCGGAGACCCCAGCACCUCAAAGAGCCAGUUCCUCAAGCACGUGGUGGACUUCGCGCCGCGGGCGAUCUACACCAGCGGCAAAGCCAGCAGCGCCGCCGGGCUCACGGCCGCCGUCGUCCGGGACGAAGAGUCCCACGAGUUCGUCAUCGAAGCCGGAGCCCUCAUGCUGGCUGACAACGGGGUGUGCUGUAUCGACGAGUUUGACAAAAUGGACUUGAAGGACCAGGUGGCAAUUCAUGAAGCUAUGGAGCAGCAAACCAUCUCCAUUACCAAGGCUGGAAUCAAGGCCACGCUCAACGCCCGGACGUCCAUCCUGGCCGCGGCCAACCCCAUCGACGGCCACUACAACCGCUCAAAGUCCCUGAAGCAGAACAUCAACAUGUCCGCCCCCAUCAUGUCCCGCUUCGACCUCUUCUUCAUCCUGGUGGACGAGUGUAAUGAGGUAACGGACUACGCCAUCGCUCGGCGUAUUGUGGACCUGCACUGCAGGAACAUGGAGUCUGUGCAGAGGGUCUACUCCCCGGAUGAGGUCCAGAGGUAUAUUCUCUUUGCCAGGCAGUUCCAACCCAAGAUCACCCCCGCCGCCCGGGAGUUUGUGGUGGAGCAGUACAAGCUGCUGCGGCAGAGGGACAGCACGGGCAGCAUGAAGUCGGCCUGGAGGAUCACGGUGCGCCAGCUGGAGAGCAUGCUGCGGCUGUCCGAGGCCAUGACCCGCAUGUACUGCUCCGACGAGGUCCAGCCCAAACACGUGAAGGAGGCGUUUCGUCUGCUCAACAAAUCCAUCAUCCGCGUGGACUCUCCCGACAUCAACUUUGACAACGAGGAAGACGAGCAGGAGAUUCACGACCAGAACGAUGCAGCAGAGGCGAGAGAGAAGGGAACCAAUGGGGUCAACGGAGCGGUGACGGACAAGGAGCAACAGCCAAUCACAGAGAGCACCUCUGCCCCUAAGGCGGUCUUGAAAAUGUCGUUCGCAGAGUACCGCAAGAUCUCCAACCUCAUCGUCCUCCACAUGCACAGGAUGGAGGAGGUCGAUGAGGAGGGUUCUUUGAAAAAGAGUGAAUUGGUCAACUGGUAUCUGAAAGAGAUGGAAAGUGAAAUUGAAACAGAGGAGGAGCUGAUCUCAAAGAAAACGCUGUUUGAAAAAGUCCUUCACCGGCUCAUCAACUAUGACCACGUCAUUAUUGAGCUGACUCAAACGGGCCUCAAACAGUCGAAGAACGGGGAGGCUCCGACGACUGAAGAGGACCCCGUCUUGGUGGUCAAUCCCAACUACACAUUAGAAUAACCCAUUUUUUCUUAUCUGUGCUUUGAAAAAUAACAUUAAAAAAAUUGUAUUUUCAU